AUGUUCCGAGUGCCCCCCACCCUCCGCCUGGCCCCCCUCUUGCUCAGGAAACCAUUCUCGGCCACCUCUCACGCCCCUUCCUUCGCAACACAGCUGAGAUCGCAAUUAUACCCCAAAUCUACAUACACGUAUUCUUUGCGCAGCCAGGUGCUCGCGCGCGGUGUCGCGAACAGCGUGUCUGGGCGUCCGGGCUCGCAGACGGCCAGGCAGGCGGCGCUGAACAUCAAGGAAGAGGUUGGCAACUCCACGACUGACCUUGCGAAGGCCAUCGCCGGCGGGAACGUCUUCCAGGACGCAGUCCUGCCCACGAGCCAGACAUUCCUCGGGAUCACUAACGCGGUAGCGUCUGCCGUGCCCCAGCCGUACAUCAUCUUUGGGCUUGCUGGUGGCCUCCCAUACGUCGGCGCGGCGGGCGCGACCAUCUACCUCGCCCGUCAAGCCGGGAUUGCCACCACAGGCUUCGCCUCCAAUAUCGACCCCGGCGUGGCGAUCACGGUGCUCGACCAUGCAUUGAACAUCCAGAUGACGUAUGGCGCCGUUCUACUCUCGUUCCUCGGUGCGCUCCAUUGGGGAUUUGAAUUCGCUGGCUAUGGCGGGCACAAAGGGUACACCCGUCUGCUGCUCGGCGCGGCACCCGUUGUCUUUGGCUGGUCGACGCUCGCGCUGCAGCCUAUUGAGGCACUCAUCACGCAAUGGGUCGGGUUCACCAUGAUGUGGUGGGCAGACUUGCGUGCCACUGGCGCCGGAUGGACACCCGCAUGGUACUCGCAGUAUCGCUUCUACUUGUCCAUUCUAGUCGGAACCUGCAUCAUUGGCUCGCUUGCAGCGACCAGUUACUGGGGCCCAAUAGGCGGGCAUGGAUUGAUAAGCCAUGACUUGAACAUGAUUCGUGCUGAGCGCAAGCAAAAACAACCUGAAAGCGCGGGCCUUGUUUCUGGCGACAUCGAAGCAUUGCUCGCGCCGGAAGACAGCGAUGCAUAUGUCAUCAUCAGGAAGAAGAGCAGUGCGCACGAGAGCCAGCAAUCCGAGUGA